CGUCCUUCCAACACACACAUAGUAUAUAUAGUGCCUUUCAAUUCCUUGGACACCCAAAGAAACCUUAUUCUAUUCUCCAUUUCCUAGUCACUCUUGGCUUUUCUCUGCCACUCUUUCUGUAUAUAUUAUAAAGUCGUCUUAUUGUCUACCCUCCAUAUCAAAAACAUUAAAAUGAGGAAGGUACGUACUUAUAAUCUGUUCUUAGCAUACUCUUACUUAUAGUAGAAGUAAAACUACAAAUUACCAUCUCUUAUUCAUUUGUUGAUUUACUUUGCAGCAAAAAGUAGUGAUUAACAUUAUUCUGAGGGAUGAGAAGGCUCGAAUCAAAGCCCACAUGAUUGCCGUUCGACAAUCGGGAGUUACUUCGGCAGCUGUGGAACAAGAGAAGGGGCAGAUAGAGGUAGUCGGUGAGUUUGACGCGGUGGCAUUGGUCAUCGAGUUACGAAAGAAACUUGGCUAUGCUGAUAUAGUGACAGUGGCCGAUGUGGUUGAGGAAAAGGAGGAAAACAAGGAAGAAAAGGAAGAAGAAAAGAAAGAAGAAGAAAAGGAAGAAAAGGAUGACAAAUCAAAACCUCAAAUUUCAACCACUAAUGGUCUUUACUAUUACACUUAUGCAGUUAAUGAUUAUGAUCAUGGAGGAGGAUGCACAGUGUUUUAAUUUUAAUCCGAUGUGGUGAAGGAUUAAUCCUUAGGCACCAUCAUAUGUUAAUUUGCCAAUCUUAGUUAUAUGCAAUAAGAGGAGUUUGCAAGAACUUGUAUUGUUUUCUUUUCAUGUUUAUCAUUUGAUCAGGCUUGGUGCCCUGGUCUAUAAGUUUGUUGGGAAAUGAAUUGGCUAUAAAUCCAGGCGUUGCUCUUUGAUGUAAAGAGUUGAAGGCAAAAAAGAGAGUCGAAGACCAUUGAAGGCAGGGUUGGUUGACUAAGUUGGAAGGUGUUUUGAUUCAGUGGAACAAUUAGAAUAAGAGGUUUUGGUACUUUUGUUUAUGUCAUCUUCUAUUUGAACUUUAAUGUUUGUUAUUGUCCGAUAACUUUAAUUGGUCUUGUUAAGCAA